AUGAGUCAAUUAACAACACAAGAAUUAAUUAAAGUAGUUGAUUAUUUUGAGACUUUUGAAGAUUUCAAAAAGUUAAUUUUAUGUAAUAAAAAAAUAGCAAAAUUAAUGAAUGAGAUUACUUUAUCUCCAUUUCAUUUACCAGUGGAAUAUUUAAAAUUUUUUCCACAUCUUACAAAACAACAAAUUAAUAAACCAGAACUCGAAAAAAUACCUGGAAUGAAAGAAUAUAUUAUUCUUUAUCCAGUAUCUUUUCAUAAAUACCAUAAACACUCAUGUAAUAAACAACUUUAUUAUACUAAAAUUGAAUUCACUUCAGAAGAACAAAAAGAAUUUGGAGCUUCAAUUCCUUCAGAAUGUACAUCAAUCAAUGACAAUUGUUUUAAUAAUUCUGAUAUUACUGAAAUUACUCUUCCAAGAAAUAUUAAGCAUAUUUCGUUGAAUUCAUUUUUACAUUGUACCCAAUUAAAAAAUAUUUAUGUUACUUCUUCUAAAAUUUUUUAUCCUCGUGUUUCUUAUUUAAUGAGUAAGUUAAUAACACAAACAAAUGGAAUUAUAUGUAAUGAUAUAGUCUUUACUUUAGAAGAUAGAAUUCAUUCAACAUUAAGUAAUGGAAAAAUAACAAAUAUUGCAUUUAUUCCUAAGGGAAUUCAAGAAAUUGGUCAAAGUUGCUUUGAGAACUGUCCACAAUAUGAGAAAGUGUCAAUUCCUCAAACUGUUGGAUUUAUUCAUAAUAAUGCAUUUACUGGUUGUUUGUUCCUUCAAACGAUAACACUACCAAAUAGCCUGUUAUCUAUUGAUGAUUUUGCUUUUUCUAAUUGUGUAUCUUUAAAAGAAAUAAUUUUACCUUCUUUCUUAUCAAAACUUGGAAAAAUGCCUUUCUUGGUUGUACUGCACUAA